GAAUGGCUUUAGGUGAUGAAACUAUUUAUCUAGCUGAACCCACAUCAUUGAAUAUAGAAAUAGAUGAAGAAAACAUUAACCAAGUAGGAGACAAUAUGGGUGCAGAUCUAGAAAACAUAGAAUAUGAAACCAUAAGUUGUAGUUUCAUUAAUGAGGAUGAUGUGUCUACUGCACUCACUGCAAGUCAACAAAUCCAUAAGACUGCUGACGUAAGGGACUUGACAAGUUCAAAAAGACCAAGAAUGUUGAAGCAAAAACUUAGCACUCAGUUACAGACAGCUAGAAAUUCCUUCAAUGUAAUUGCAGAAAAACAAGCUGAUGCUAUGACAUUAAUGGCAGAUUCAUUGUCGGUAAUUGGAAAAGCCCUAAAUACAAUAGCUGAUAACGAUGCCAAAAGAACAGAAAACGACAUGAAGAUGAUAGCACUGUAUGACAAAAUAUUGCAAAAACUGUAGUCUUAGACAAUAUUUUUGAUAAUAUAAGAAUAUAAGAUGUUAAAUAGUUCAUUUAAGGUAAAAAUCUAAAGAAAUUUGAUCU